AAGGAGAUUAUGUGAAGUGGAAGCAAAUAAGUUGGGUUGGUGAUAAAACGAACUGGUAUAUACGUUUAACAUAUAUUUUGUCUGGCCCCUUAUGCUUGAUGUGUGUGUGUGAUGAUAACCUUGUGAGUGAAGAAAAAUUAGAAAAGAAAAAGACAAGGCCAUGGAGUCAAAGACAAGACGACCACCCUUCUUUCUGAAUCCCUUAGGUCCCUCUCCAAACCGUUUUCUACUAGACUCGUCAACCAACAUCUUUCUCUCUCUUAUCUCAGUCUUCCCUAUUUUGUAAGCAAACCCUGUAACCAUCAUGGUCAUCAUUGAUUGCCUCCCCAUGAAGCUUCUUUCUAAUCUUUCCUGCUUUAUAUACCCUUUCCCUUGUGUAGAUAUCAGAGCAGCAGAAGAAUAUGAGGAAGCCAGAACUGUGUAGUGGUAAAGACAGCAAGUUUAGAAAGGGAUUGUGGUCACCAGAAGAAGAUGAGAAACUCAUCAACUACAUGCUCAACAAUGGACAAGGUUGUUGGAGCGACGUGGCAAGAAAUGCUGGCCUCCAAAGAUGUGGCAAAAGUUGUCGGCUACGAUGGAUCAAUUACCUCAGGCCUGAUCUUAAGAGAGGUGCAUUCUCACCCCAAGAAGAGCAACUCAUCAUCCACUUCCAUUCCUUUCUUGGAAACAGAUGGUCUCAAAUAGCGGCGCGUUUGCCUGGGAGAACCGACAAUGAGAUAAAAAACUUUUGGAAUUCAACCAUAAAGAAAAGACUCAAGAACAUGUCUACGACCACAGCUUCAACCUCACCAAAUUCUAGUGAGACCUCGUCUGAACCAAGUAAUAAAGACCUCAACAUGGGAGGGUUUAUGCCUACACAACAUCAUCAGCAUGCAACCUUUGUGCCUGUGUUUGGUUCAUCUCAAACACAAUCAAUGCAAACAACAGUUUUCAACACAAUGAUCGAAAGGUUGGAUCAUGAACUAAACAUGCCACACGUUGGUGAAUACUUGGAAGGCACAGGGCCAUGCUUUUCCCAAAAUGAAGCUCACAACAAAAGUUCUUAUUUAGAUAACGGAGUGUUUGGGAGUGUAAAUAUUGGCGUUGAAGGGGAUAUGUUUGUUCCUCCCCUUGAGAAUCUAAACACCAGCAACAAUCAUAACCUGAGUAGCACCUGCAAGAGAGAAACUAACAGCAGUUACUUUGAUGACAUAAAUAGUAUCCUUAACAACUGCAACAUUGGCAUAUCUAGUGAGAAUAAGGAAGAAGUGGAGAAUUUGUUUCAGCAAGAUGCAGAAUGGGACUUUGAGGAGUUGAUGAAAGAUGUUUCCUCCUUUCCGUUUGUUGAUUUUUCAUUCUGAUUAUGAACUUUCUGGGGAUUCCAUAUAUAUAUAUUUCCAAAUCCAAGCCUCCAGAACCCUAUAAUCAUCCUUAUUUCGCACACUCAAUCUUGUAUUAUACACUGCUAUUUUUUGCCCUUACCGAAUUCAAAACUUAGCAAACAGACAGGUAUAGGUCUCAAAUAAAAGUCCAAUAUAAGUAUUUCUUGCUAUCAAUUGCUGAUCGUGUUAUUAGUCUUUCAGGUUAAUUAACUUCUGCACUGACAGUUUUUAAGAUCAUCACUCCUUUCGUGGAAACCUGUGUAAAUCUGCCAUACUUGUAAA